AACCAACCUUGUACAGUAUUAGACGGGUGGAGAACCAUAAACACGUGAAUAGCUCGUUCUCUGAGUAUUUUCAUGCCUGUAAUCUUCCUCACCAGCCUUAUCAACUCCCUGAUACACCUGGUCAUGUGUGUCUACGAUGGCCCGGCUGCGCUGGGGCCUCAUGUGUGCCGAUAUCUUUGGUGGAAGCUCACCUCCCUGCUGCUGCUACAGUUCUUCAUUGUGACGGUCCACACAGCCUACAACCUGUUCACAGACAGCCACUUCCUAGAGUCCAUGAACGCUGUGGUCUCCCCCUGCUCCCUCAGCUUCAGCCUCAUCGAACUCUUCAGCGACGUCUCUUACCGAAGCCACCUCACUGAGAGCAGUGAACACACACGAGGAGAGGGUGUCAAUGACGCAACCGCUUUCAUCUCAUUGGAGAUGAAGGCCAUCCGUUAA